CUUAGUUGCAUGAAAAUGCACAAACUCAACAAAAAGAGAAUUCAAGUGGACCCUUUUUUUUUAACACAUAAAGAGUCUCAAAUAACAAACUUUUCUGAUUCAUUGGCCUUUUAUGUUUGUCCAUGCUCUCUUCAGUCUUCACCCUUUCUCACAUUUCCCUCUUUAAAAUCUUUCUCACACAUUCUACUUCAUUACUUUGUCCUCCCAUUUUUCAAUCUAUUUCAAUUUUUUUCUAUCUUUGCUUCUCAUCAUUUCAUCUUUUUGUGGUCAAUCAAUGCUACAAUGUUGUUGAAACACUCUUGUACCUUUGCCUUCAACUUCAAGUCACUUCCAUUGUGUGGAAAUUCAUAAGAGAUAUAAAAAAUAUGGAUACUAGUUUUAGGUUUAGUUUUAGUUGUAGAAGGUUGUUUUUUGGUGCUUUGUUAUCUCUAGGAAUCAUGUGGUUUAUGUUCCUUACAAUCUCAACAAUGAAUCACCAAACCAAAAGAACAAUUCUUGUUCCAAUGAAUGUGAAUGUUCUCUCUAGGCAAUUAAAGUUGGUUAGCAUGCAAAGACAUGCCCUUCAUUCAGAUUCUAGACUUGUCAUUGUUAGCAAGAGAAGAGUACCUAAUGGACCUGAUCCAAUACAUAACAGGAGAGCAAGGAAAUAUAGACAACCACCUAAUCAAGCAUGAACUUUGUGAAGUUCCACAACUAGUUUGAGGGAAAACCAUAGAAGAAAUCGUGAUUAUUUUUGUGUGUGGAAGAGUUCAGAGUGUGUUCUAUAAGAUAUUGUUGUUACAUAGUAUUGCUAGUGUUUUUAAGGCUACAAGUGUGAUAUUAAUGUUCUCUCUCUUUCUUUUUAUUUUGUUUUUCUUCUCUUAGAAUGUACCUUCCUCCCUUGUUGUAAAAUGUAAAUCAAGUCCUUAGGUAAUGAAUCACCAAAAUUUUGGAUUCAAA